AUGCCAAUUAAUCUACGUGUUGAACAACAAGCAUUAGGUCGAACAUCACGUCAAGGUAAUCGCGGUACAUCACAAAUGAUUAUAAAUAUAGAAAAUUUUAUUUCCUAUCUUUUAUCUGUUUAUUCGAAGUAUAUUGAUGAACAUCCUAAUUUAUCAACAGAUGAUUUACAUGAGAUUAAAUAUUUACGUGAAUGGUGUCAAAAAGCUGAAACCGAUCAAUUGUAUAAAAUUCGUACAAAGGAUAUUCCAGAAAUUAAAUUAAAAGAUCAAUUAUUUCAAAAAUUUUGUCAUCUUUUGAGUAAUUUACGUGAAAUUGAUGAUGAUGAAUAUAAAUUAAAGAGUGUUAAAGAACAAUGGGGUUUAUGGUUAAAGAAUAUUGAUCGUCGAGAUAAAAUAAAAUUCUCUUUAGAUAGAAAUAUAAAAAUGGCUGGUUGUCAAUUGAUUGAUAAUAAUUCUAAUAAUUCUAUUUAUCAUAUUAUUAAUCAACAAUUGCAAAGACAUACAACUGAUCAAGAAUUAAAAGAACAAAUGAUUAAACAUAUUCUACAAAAUAAAACUUGUUAUAAAGAUUUUCUAACAAAUAUUGAUAAUAAUAACAACAUUUUAUAUAUCGAGGAAACUAUGAUGAAAGCAUUAAUGAGAACUCUCAAUAUAAAUAUAGUCGUUUUUACCAACUAUGAUCAAUUACCAAUAGUUUACAAAAGACGAAAUGCAAUUCAAACAAUAUUUUUAGCCGGUGAAUUCGAUGUUAUGUAUUAUUCAUUUGAUAUUAAUAAUUCUGAAAAUAUUCUUAAAUAUGUAUCUGAAUAUCAAGAUGAAGAUGAUGAUACUUUAGUAGAAUUAAUUACAAUGAAUAAUUAUAAUGACAAACAUUUAUAUUCAAAAUUAAAUGAUGCUUUUAAUAAACAAGAUAAUUUCAUAGAUUAUACAGAGUUUGAACAGCAAAUUCGAGAUCAAUAUCAAAAACAAGAUAAAAUCAUUAAAAAUCCAUUCUAUCAUAUUGCUAAAGCAGAUAUGUUAAUUAUAAAAUCUCAUCAAUUUUUCAUUCGUACCAAACAAUUUGUUAGACAAAUAGUAUCAGUAGGUACUAAACAAUCUGUCGAACGAGAAAAUGCUCUUCAAUGUCUAAAUGCUGCUAUUCAACUUAAUCCAAUAUAUUCAUUUACAGCUUAUGUUAGUCAAGCAUAUCUAUUAAUUGAACAAAAAUCAGACAAGUACAAAGAAAAUGCAAUAGCAGAUUUACUUAAAGCACGAGAUCAGAUUAAUAACUUUAUAUUACCAGCGUAUCAUAGUAUGCAAUUGAAUUUAUAUGAUAAUAAUAAUAAUAAUAAUUCUGAUUGUGACGAUUUAUCAAAGCAAUUAACAAUUAAAACCAACAUUAUUGACUUAUACAAUAAUCAUAUACAAAAUGCAAUAUUAACAAUAGAAAAUUCUCAAAAAUUAGUUGAUUUAAUGAUAUUCAAUGGAAAACAUAUUAGUACAAUAAUAAAAGUAGAAAGACAUAAGGCAUUACAAUUGAUUAAUUCCAACGUUAACAGUAUAUAA